AGUAACGUCCAAAACAGGGACUCUGGCUCUCUCUCCCAAAAAGUCUAUUCAAGAUCCCAAAACAUCUCAUUAACAAAUAGGGUACUGAGCGAUUCCAUUGGAAGAAGUAGGAGAAAGACAGAAAUAUUAAAAAAAAAAAAAAGCAUGGAAGAGAGCUUACUAUUAUUGCCAAAACAAAGAGGAGAAGAAGAAGAGAAAAAAAUUAGCUCAAUUAGUACUAGUACUAGUUCUAGUAAUACUUCUUUAACAUGGGGUGUUUUUUUUCAAGAAGUGAAGAGAUUGGGAUUCAUAGCAGCACCACUUGUGGCUGUGGUUUUGUCCCAGUAUUUGUUGCAGGUCAUUUGCAUCAUGAUGGUCGGUCAUCUCGGCGAGCUUUCUCUCUCUAGCACAGCCUUAUCCAUUUCUCUCUCUACGGUCACCGGCUUCAGUGUUCUUUUAGGAAUGGCUAGUGCACUGGAAACAAUAUGUGGUCAGGCAUAUGGAGCUGAGCAAUAUCAUAAAGUUGGACUUCAAACUUACACUGCAAUAUUUUCUUUGUUCUUGGUUUGUCUUCCCAUGUCGUUAAUUUGGAUCUACAUGGGAAAGUUACUUGUUUUGAUUGGUCAAGACCCUCUUAUUUCUCAAGAAGCUGGCAGAUUCAUAAUUUGGCUUAUUCCUGGUCUUUUUGCUUAUGCAACUCUUCAACCGCUUAUCAGAUACUUUCAAAUCCAAAGCAUGAUACUUCCUAUGUUCAUAAGCUCAUGUUUGACCCUUUGUCUUCACAUUCCUCUGUGUUGGGUUUUGGUGUUCAAGUCUGGACUGGAAAACAUAGGAGGUGCAUUGUCAAUAAGUAUUUCCUAUUGGUUGAAUGCGAUUUUUCUUGUGUUGUACAUGAAGUUUUCACCUUCCUGUGCAAAAACUCGGGUUUCGAUUUCUAUGGAACUUUUCCAAGGGAUCGGAGAGUUCUUUCGCUUUGCUAUCCCUUCUGCAAUAAUGACAUGCCUUGAGUGGUGGUCAUUUGAGCUGCUUAUUCUGAUGUCUGGGCUCUUACCAAAUCCGCAGCUUGAAACCUCAGUUCUCUCUGUGUGCUUAAAUACCAUUGCAACAUUGUAUACAAUACCAUAUGGGCUAGGUGCUGCAGGAAGCACAAGAGUCUCAAAUGAACUAGGAGCUGGAAAUGCACAAGGUGCUCGUAUCGCUACCUUUGCCUUAAUGUUUCUGACAAUCAUAGAGACGAGUAUUAUAAGCAUAUCACUCUUUGUUGGCCGCCGCGUUUUCGGUUACAGUUUCAGCAAUGAGAAGGAAGUUGUGGAUUAUGUCACUGAAAUGGCUCCUUUGGUUUGUAUAUCUGUUAUACUAGACAGUUUACAAGGGGUCCUUUCAGGUGUUGCUAGAGGAUGUGGGUGGCAGCAUAUAGGGGCUUUCAUAAACCUUGGGGCAUUUUAUCUUUGUGGAAUUCCAUUAGCUGCAACAUUGGCUUUCUGGGUAAAGCUUAGAGGAAAGGGCCUCUGGAUUGGCAAUCAAAUUGGUGCUUUUGUGCAAGUUUUUCUGUUGUCACUUGUUACUAGUUGUACAAACUGGGAAAAGCAGGAAAGCAAGGCAAGGGAGAGGAUAUUGGAGUAUACAUCUCUCAGAAAUGGAUUGGAGGAUUGCGAAGAGCAAGAAUAGAGUUGUAUGAAGAACAUGUUUUUCUUGUAUACGGUUGUAACGGGAAAAUCUUGCUUCAACUAUGAGAAAACUACUACUACUAGUUUAUGACUGGGAAGUUUGUCAAAAUGACCAUCCAAUAAAGUGAAGAUUAGCAAA